AUGGCGAAGCACACAUACCAGGAAGCUCGUAAGCAGCAGCUCAUUUGCCCAAUUCACGUCGAAGCAGCCAGCGGAUCCGACGUAGGUGCGGCCGUGACCUCUGAAGCAAACCAGCGCUUGGCUCUCGAAGGCGUGGCUCUCCGAGUGGCAAAGCACGACUAUGCCGUAUAUCCCCGCGACGAGGCCAGUCGUCAAUCGUUGCUGCCUUGGAUAACCGGGCUUUGCUUUCUCAACGUCGGAGCUGCCAUGAUUGUGACGACGACGGCCACUGAAGGCAUCGUCGAUCUGCUCCCCCCUGGCGCGACCGAGGUGGCCAUUAGCGCUUCAAACAGAAUUCAAGUUGUUGCAGAGGCGGGCGACCUGGCCCAUGCUCGAAAGCCUCAAGGCGCGGCCUUCGUUCGGAGGGAGAAAUGCCUCGUCGUCUGGACGGAUGAAGCUCAACCGCUCCUAGCCGAGGCAAAGAAAAUCCAUGAACGUCUAGUUACGUUCCUCUGGGACGUUGCAGGCGGCAACUCUGAGGGACCAGCAGAAGGUGGAAGCUACUUUGUCUUUCAUGAGUACAACCAGCAGCAUCGAAACACGUUCAGAAACGGCUUGUCAACGCCUGGAGAAGGCUUUGGUCCUACCAUGACGCCCAGCGAGUCCAUCUACGGUGGCGGUGCCCUAACUUCGGGUCAGCAAACACCAGCAAGGAACUUUUCGAUUCCACACAGCCCUUCGAAUCCUUUCGGAGAUGUACAGCACAGCUCUUCUGUCGGCCACCUAGUUCUCUCAAGCGAGAAACCAGGUCAGGGUUCCGACUCUGAGUCGACCGAGGAGGACAUUGAAGCCACGGAGCAGGGCUACGAGGAGCGGCCCACCAUCUUCAUUUCCGCUCUCAUGCACGGUCUGGCUGCAGCGCUUGCCCUCGUUUUAAGCACCCUACAGCUACGCGAGGCGCUCCAGUCGUCACUCCUUGAUGGUCAGUGGAUCCGAAUGGUAGUCGCUGCCAUCGUUCCUUUCUACUUCUGCAUCGUAAUGUUCUUUGCCGACAACAUCUUCGGCGUCGUCUUCAUGCUUCUCGGCCCCGUUCGCCAGUUGCAGAUCAACUCUCGCUAUUAUUCCGGCAAGAAGCCAAAGCCUCUUCGCGGAAAUGUCCGUCUGCCACACAUCACCAUCCAGAUGCCUGUCUACAAAGAGAGUCUCCACGGUGUGCUCAAGCCGUCGUUUGAGAGCAUCAAGCUGGCCAUCAAGACGUACGAGCUGCAGGGUGGAAGCGCUUCAAUCAUCGUCUCUGAAGAUGGAAUGGUGCUUAUCGAUGAAGAGCGCGCUGCCCGCCUGGCUUACUACGAAGAGAACAACAUCACCUGGGUCGGUCGUCCCAAGCACGGUACCGAUGGCUUCGUCCGUGCCGGUCGCUUCAAGAAAGCAUCGAAUCUCAACUUUACGUACGAAGUCCUCCUCGAGAUUGAGCGUCUCAUGGGCCAACGAGGUAUUCCUCUCGAAAACAAAGAAGCGUACAAUGCUAUCUUCCAAGAGGUGCUUGCCGCUCGUCACCCUGAUGCCUGCGGUGCCGGGUUAGAGCGCUUCGGAGACUUUGUCCUUCUUGUCGACUCCGACACAAGGAUCCCAGAGGACUGCUUCCUGGAUGCUGCCAGUGAGAUGACGCGUUGCAAAGACGUCGGCAUUCUCCAGCACUGCUCCGGUGUGAUGAUCGUCUCUUCCUCUUUCUUCGAGCAGUUCAUUGGUUUCUUCACACGUCUCGUCAAUUUCAGCAUCUCCUACGCCAUUGCAAACGGUGAUGUGGCACCCUUUAUGGGACACAAUGCCUACUUGCGCUGGAGCGCCAUGAAAGAAAUCGCCCGAACCGAGAUUCUGGACGAUGGUCGCCAGACGCUGAAGAUCUGGUCCGAAGACCACGUGUCGGAAGACUUCGUUAUGGCUCUCGACAUGAUUGGACAAGGUUACAUCACCAGAUGGGCGACAUACGCCAACAGCGGCUACGAGGAAGGUGUCUCUCUGACUUGCGACGACGAACUCAAUCGAUGGCAGAAGUACGCCUGGGGUGUUUCUGAGAUGAUCUUCAAGCCGUUCUACCAAUGGUUUCACCGUGGCCCGAUCACACCCCUCUUCAACCGGUUCAUCUGGGGUCGCGCUCCGAUUCACUACAAGUGGAGUUCGUGCUCAUACUGCUUUUCCUACUACGCAAUUGCCGUCUCGAUGCCCCUCACCUUGGCCCUCACGCUCGUAGGCGGGUGGAUCGGUCCCGACGCCCAAGCUCCCUACCUGCCCACAUUCCAGGUCUUUGUCGCUGUUGUCGUUGUCUUCACCCUUGGCGGCACCAUCUCGCUGGUCAUCGUCCGGUUCCGCGCCGGCUUUGGGUCUCUUUGGCGUCUGUUCCUCGAGAACCUCCUCUGGAUCCCCUUCCUCGUCGUCUUCUUUGGUGGUCUCUCUUACCACGUCUCGACUGCGCUUCUCUCGCACAUUCUCGGUCUCAACAUGUCGUGGGGCGCCACGCUCAAGGACGUCGAGAUGACUAACUUCUUCGUCGAGGUUCCUCUCAUUUUCAAGCGCUUCUGGAGGCUCUUCCUCAUCUGCGUCGUCGUAAUCGGGGGUGCGGCCGUGGCGGCCACCGACCUCGUUCCCCUCGAAUGGAGGCUCGAUGGCUUCUUCCUCCUCUUCCCCAUCUUCCUCAUCUACAGUCUCCACCUCCUCUUCCCAAUCGUCCUCAACCCCAACCUCGUCCGCUUCUCUUUCUAA